AUGGCGGACACAAUCAAGGGCGCUGUCAACCUCUCGCGGUCCGAGGCGAUGGCCAUCGCGGCCCUCGCGACGGCGGGCAUUUACAACGCGGUCGAGAUCUAUAUCCUCAUCUUCACCACCUUUCGCCAGCGUCGCGGCCGCUACUUCUGGAGCAUGAUUGUCGCCAACAGCGGCAUCUUCGUCCAUGCCAUCGUCUCGUUGAUACGCUACCUCUCCCACAACGGCACCGUCGUCCCCGGCGCGUUCGCAGUGCUCGCCUGGUGCGCCAUGGUCACGGGCCAGUCUGUCGUGCUGUGGUCGCGGCUGCACCUCGUCUUGUACAGCCGGAACGCGAUCCGGACGGUGCUUGCCGUGAUUGUCACGAACGCUUGCGCGCUGCAUGUCCCCAUGGCGGUGUUGUGGGUGUUAUGCUGGGCCACGCCGGUGCAGGAGCAGGCGGCGUGGCUCAGGCGGUAUGGGGUGUACGAGAAGGUGUCGAUUGUGAUCUUCACGCUGCAGGAGACAUUUCUCACGGGCAUCUUUGCGCGGCAGGGCUUCUACAACCUGAAGCCGCUGUUUGCGUUCAAGACAAGGGCGGCAAGGCUGGUAUCGUGGUACCUCUUGAGCCUCUUCGUCCUCGUCUUUCUGUUGGAUGUUGGGCUUGUUGCCCUGGAAUACACAAACAACUUUGUCUUUCAGACCACCAGCAAACCGUUGGUCUACAGCAUCAAGCUGAAGGUCGAGUUCACCGUGCUCAACAAACUGCUCGCGUUCACUAAGAUGAACUCGUGCGACUGUCACCACCUCGACGACACACCAGGCGGCUACUCAAAGGCACUCAUGACGACGGAUACUACCGCUACAGCAAAAGGGUUGACGCCGCCCCAGAGAGCGACGCAGGGUAGCGGGUCAGUGGCAGUACCGGAAAUGGAGCGACCAGACCACAUCUUCGAUGGGUCGUUCGUGGAAGAAAGGAGGGAGCAACAUCUCAGUUGA